CUUACACGACUCGGAUCAAGAUCGGCUGUUUGCUGGGCGCCGCGGUACGUAUUCAGAAUCGUAUUGCGCAUCACAUAUCCUCCACGUUCCAGUCCGCGGAGAACUGGCUAUUCGAUGUGCGCCUUAUGAGUCAAUGCUUACGAACAUUGCUAAGUACUAAGAAGUACUAUGUUUUCCUAUAAUAAGAUCUGCUUCCUGGAAAACUUAUUCACGACACCAGUCUCUCCGUGAACAGACUAUCUAGUGCUCCGUCUGAGAGAAGUUGCCAAAAUGCCAGGAAACACACUUCACGCGGAUUAUCCCUGGACCAGUCCAGAUGCCCCAUUUGUGGUGGCUGCACCGAUGAUGAAGAUCACUCUGGGGCGCCUAGCAGUCUCUGUGUCUGCAAAUGGAGGCUUGGGCUUCCUGGCGGGUGGCUUCGACUUGUCACCCCUUGCAAAGGACCUUGGAGAAACUGCAGAAUUUGCCAAAUCUCAAGGCUUGCAGCUUCACGACGGCAUACUUCCUAUCGGUGUGGGCUUCCAGAACUGGGGCAGUGAUUUACAGUUAGCCCUCGCAGCGCUUAAGGAACAUCCUGUCGCUGCGGUAUGGUUCUUUGCACCGAAGCAGCUCAGCGAUCUUCUGGACUGGGCUAAACAGAUUCGAGCAGUCAGUGGAGGCAAGACCAAGAUAUGGGUCCAGAUCGGCACCGUAGCCGAAGCCCUCGAGGUUGCUAAGACGACACAGCCCGACGUCAUAGUCAUUCAGGGUGCAGAUUCAGGUGGUCACGGCCUUGCACAGCGCGCAAGUCUCCUCACUCUUCUUCCAGAAGUGAUCGAUGCCCUGGCCGAGGAGAGGAUCGAUAUCCCUGUGAUUGCAGCAGGAGGCAUUGUCGACGGCCGAGGUGCAGCGGCUGCAUUGACGCUUGGUGCAGCUGGCGUGGCGCUGGGGACAAGGUUCCUGGCAUGUUCCGAAGCUGUCAUUGCCAAAGGCUACCAGGAUCAGGUACUCAGUGUCACAGAUGGUGGAGCCAGCACUGUCGGCACCACGAUAUACGAUGUCGUCAGGGGCAUCCAUGGCUGGCCUCGAGCUUACAAUGGCAGAGGUAUUGCCAACAGCACGUAUCACGACGCGGAGCAGGGAAUGAGUGAGGCCGAAAAUGUGGAAAAGUACGAAACGGCAGUGCAGCAAGGUGAUGCUGGUUGGGGUCCUGAGGGUCGCAUGACCACUUAUGCAGGUACCGGCGUCGGACUAGUAAGAGAGGUAAUGUCCGCAGGGGAAAUUGUCAAAAGCGUUCAAAAAGAAGCCGUGCAGACGCUCCAAAGGUCGACGGCCAAGUAUGUAAAGUAGAUUCUGUUGUCGAUCUAGGGACGAAGGUAUGUAUGCGUAAUGCUUGAUUUGCGAUGAGCUCCGUGGAGUUCAAAGAUCCCUUUCUAUGAAGGUUCCUUUCCAUCUGCUGUUGUUCAAAGCUGGAGUUUUCGCUGGAGAGGUUGCCUCUACAGAGCCGCGA